GCGGUGUACAAUUCACUUGCGCAUCAGGCCUGCAGGAAAUACUGAAAGUGAUCCUCUACAGCUCCGGGAGAAGCGCGCAUUUCACCGGCAUUCAUUCGUUUUAGCGGACCCUUAUCGGGGGGAGGAAUUUCCGCCAUGUUGCAGUUCAUGAAAUCAAUGAGGAACCACCCUGCUCUGAUCCCUCUUGCCAUCUUCAUCAGUGGUGGGGCAGCCAUGAGCAUGUUGUACCUGGCUCGUCUGGCAUUGAAAAACCCUGAUGUCUCAUGGGAUCGCAAGAACAACCCCGAGCCCUGGAACAAAAUGGGGCCUAAUGACCAGUACAAGCUUUUCGCAAUUAACAUGGACUACUCCAAGCUGAAGAAGGAAGGGCCUGAUUUCUAAGUAACGGUGGUGUCUUUGCAACUCGAUAUCUGACAUUGUCGUCAGCAUGAGGAGCCUUUGCACUUUUUGCCAAACACAAAUAAAUCCUUGAAUGAAGUUUGAAUUACGCUGUGUGCUUAACUCAGUCUGUCAGUUCAUUUCCAUUGUGAAGGGGAAGGGAUCAUGCAUUUAUUAAUGACUGUAUGAAUAAAACUGGCAACCACCUGUUUUAUUAACUGAUCAAUUUAUUUUUGACUUUGCUGUGUUGUAAAUUAUUAAAACUAUUUCAAUCAUA